AGCCAUCAGGUAGGCUGUGUUGGUGGUAUUCGCUGUUUCAUCCGCCGCUGAUCUCCCUUCGACUCGGCCAUCCAGAGUCGGGGACCCUGCGUCCUCGGAGCUCCUCCUGUCUUCUGUGUGGCGCGAGUUCGAUCAGGAUGCGGGGCUGCGCGGGCGUGGAGAGGCGGCCCCCGGAAUGGGCUGGGGCGAUGAUGUGAUGGCGGCGCGAAUUCGAGCGGGGCCUGGAGCGUGAAGGGAAAGGAAGCAUGGGGCUGAGGGAUGGGAGGCCGGGCCUAGAGGGUCUUAAAGCAAGGCCUGCGGGUUGGGUGGAGUAAGGGCUUUUUCCUCCAGAGUUCACCUUGGAGGCAGCGGCUGUAGCACUUUUCCCUGUCGUGUCUGCGAGCUCUCUUUGCAGGCCAAGCCCUCGGGGACGCCGCCUGCGGCAGCCCUCAGCCCCCAUCAAUGCCCAAGUCUAAUGCCAUUCAUGUGUCCAACAAAAAUGUACCGAUUCCCUCUCUGCGCUGCUCCGUGCUGGGGUCGCAGAGUUCAAAGGUAAGCCAAGAUGGGCGCUUACAAGUAUAUCCAGGAGCUAUGGAGGAAGAAGCAGUCCGACGUAAUGCGCUUUCUUCUCAGGGUGCGCUGCUGGCAGUAUCGCCAGCUUUCUGCGCUCCACAGGGCCCCCCGCCCAACCCGGCCCGAUAAAGCGCGCAGACUGGGUUACAAGGCCAAGCAAGGUUAUGUCAUAUAUCGGAUUCGUGUGCGACGUGGUGGCCGCAAACGCCCAGUUCCUAAGGGUGCUACCUAUGGCAAGCCUGUCCAUCACGGUGUCAACCAGCUGAAGUUUGCCCGAAGCCUCCAGUCUGUUGCAGAGGAGCGAGCUGGACGCCACUGUGGGGCUCUGAGAGUCUUGAAUUCUUACUGGGUUGGCGAAGAUUCCACAUACAAAUUCUUUGAGGUUAUCCUUAUCGAUCCAUUCCAUAAAGCUAUCAGAAGAAACCCUGACACCCAGUGGAUCACCAAACCAGUCCACAAGCACAGGGAGAUGCGAGGGCUGACAUCUGCAGGCCGCAAGAGCCGUGGCCUCGGAAAGGGUCACAAGUUCCACCACACUAUUGGUGGUUCUCGCCGUGCGGCUUGGAGAAGACGCAAUACUCUCCAGCUCCACCGUUACCGUUAAUACAAGUAAUGUUUGUAAAAUUCUUACCUAAUAAACAAUUUAGGACAGUCAUGUCUGCUUAAAAGUGUUCUUUAAUUUGUCUGUUAAAAUUAGUUGUCUGCAGAUUGUUCCAUGAAUGCAUUGUCAAAUUAUGAAAGUUAAAGUGCAAUAAUGUUUGAAGACUAUAAGUGAUGGUGUAUCUUGUUUCUAAUAAGAUAAACACUUGUGUCUUUUGCUUUAUCUUAUUAGGGAGUUUAUAUGUCAGUGUUUAAAUGCUGUUUGGUAUAAUAGGUGUAAAAUAAAUUCUGUAAAAGUGGAAUGCA